AUGCAUAAUGGUCUUAAGAGAGAAAAAAGACUACGAGUACGAGUUGUAUUCAUAUUUGUUUGGUUCUGUGUGUUUGGUUAUGUAAAUUUUACUCUGUGCUUCAUAUCACGCUAUGAUAAUGUGAUAUUGUUAAAACAGGAAAAACCGUCAACUUCUGCCACAACCACAAGUGAUUUAAGCGUCGACGCAAAAGAUGAAAUUUAUAGCCAAUUAGAUAUUGGUUAUGCAGUUGAUAGACAUUUAAAUACUAGUGAGAGAUAUAAAUUUUUAAAACAAGCAUGGACACCACCAGAAAACUAUAAAUUUCCGUCUAAAAUUGAAAAAAAUCAUACUCGACAGUUUCAACGAGAAUGGCUUAAAAAAUACGACUGGUUAGUUUAUAGUAAAUUUAAAGACGGAGCAUUCUGUAAAUUCUGCUGCUUAUUUGCUCCUGCUGGAGGCGGAGUUAAUUUUCGGCCGCUUAAAACAUUAGUUGCCGAACCAAUGAAAAAAUAUAAAAACGCUUUACGAGAACUGCAAGAUCAUUCUUACAAGCAGUACCACAUUAAAAGCUUAGAACGUGCUGGAGAAUUCAUAGGAAAAUUUGAAUCUGGAGAAAGUGUAUCGGUGUUGAUUGACCACGAACACAAAAAUAUUAUAAAACAAAAUAGAAAAUGUUUGGUACCCAUUGUAAAAACAAUUAUAUUUUGUGGACGUAAUAAUUUACCUCUCAGGAGUCAUAGAGAGAAAGGUUCCUUAAAUGAUGAAAAAAUCCAACAGGAAGUCUUAUCUGGUGCUCAAGGAGUUUUCAGAGCGCUUUUGGCAUUCAGAAUAGAUUCUGGAGAUACUAAUUUAUUAGAACAUUUGAAAACUACGGGAAAAAAUGCAACCAUGAUUAAAGUUAAAUCUAUGACUGGAGUUGCCCUAAAAGAAUCUUUGGAAAAUCAACUUACAAAAAUGAAUUUGGAUCUUUUUGACUGUAGAGGCCAAGGUUAUGAUGGAGGUUCAAAUAUGGCAGGCAAAGAAAAUGGGUUGGCGGCACUCAUACAAAAACAAUAUCCUUUAGCAGUGUAUACUCACUGUUUUAAUCAUUCACUAAAUUUAUGCAUUUCAAAAUCUUGUGAUAUUUCUUGCAUGAAAAAUAUGAUCGGGAUUAUCGGCAAAAUUUCCACUUUUUUAAGUGCUUCUCCAAAACGGGUUAACUUAUUGCAGAAAACGAUCACUGAAAGUGAAAACAGUAACGAUUUUAAGAAAACACGUUUAAAGUCCUAUUGCGAAACACGUUGGGUAGAAAGACACGAUACCCUUAUUAUCUUUCAGGAACUGCUUCCAUUCAUAGUUCAAGUUUUAGAGUAUUUAGAACACGAUGGAGAUCGUGAUACCGCUUCUAAUGCAAUGAGCUACAAUGCCUGUAUUAGGAGAAGCGAUUUUUUAAUAUGUUUGGCAAUAGGUGCACACUGCUUUGCUUACAGUGUGAAGUUAAGCAAAUUAUUGCAAAAUCCUACACUGGACUUUUCAGCAGCACUUGAAAGUAUCCAGAUCCUUUUAAUAACAUUUCAGGAUUUUAGAGAAAAUAGCGAAAGAGAAUUUAAUAACAUAUUUUUAGCAGCUCAAUCCAUGGCAAACAACUUGGAUGUAGAAUUAAUUGUGCCAAGAGUAUGUGGACGACAAACUCAGCGAGAAAACAUGGAAUCAAGAUCACCUGAGGAAUAUUUUAAACGUUCAAUAUUUAUUCCUUUUAUUGAUAACUUUCUAUCACAACUUAAUUCACGAUUUAAUGAUAGAUUAAAAACAAUAUUACCUCUUGAAGGCCUUAUCCCAAAAAAUAAUAAAAUUUAUCCUAUAAAACAAAUUUUUAAAACUAGUUUGAUGUACCAAGCAGAUAUUAAUAUCUCAGAACAAGAAUUGAGAGCUGAAAUAAUCAUGUGGCAGAAAAGAUGGGAAAAGGUUGAUAAACUGAAUUUGCCUUCCACAGCUACUGAAGCACUUUGUUUUGCGACAAAUGUAUUUCCGUCGAUAAAAAUAUUAUUGCAGAUAUUUGCUACGUUGCCUGUGUCCACGGCAACAGCAGAAAGGAGUUUUUCGAAUAUAAAACGAUUAAAAACGUAUUUAAGAUCGACUAUGACUGAAAAUCGUUUGAAUGGUCUGGCUUUACUUAAUAUUCAUAAAGAAAUUAAUGUUGAUAUUAAUAAUAUAAUAACUAGGUUUGCUACAAGUAAACCUAGACGAAUGAACCUUAAAGACUGGUCAUCUGAUUAA